UCGGCUCCGGCGCGGCGGCGACGGCGGCGGCGCUUCCGCCUGGCCGGCCUCGGCCCGGUGCGAGCGGUCCCACGAUGUGGUUGGGCCCGGAGGAGGUGCUGGUGGCCAACGCGCUUUGGGUGACGGAGCGGGCCAACCCCUUCUUCGUGCUGCAGCGGCGCCGCGGCCACGGCAAGGGCGGCGGCCUCACGGGUCUUCUUGUGGGCACCCUGGACGUGGUGUUGGACUCCAGUGCCCGCGUGGCCCCUUAUCGAAUCCUGCACCAGACCCAGGACUCCCAGGUCUACUGGACAGUGGCAUGUGGUUCUUCCCGCAAAGAGAUCACAAAGCACUGGGAAUGGCUGGAAAAUAACUUACUCCAGACGCUGUCCAUCUUUGACAAUGAGGAAGAUAUCACCACCUUCGUCAAGGGCAAGAUACACGGCAUCAUCGCAGAAGAGAACAAGAACCUGCAGCCCCAGGGAGAUGAGGACCCCGGAAAGUUCAAGGAGGCCGAGCUGAAGAUGCGGAAACAGUUCGGGAUGCCGGAGGGGGAGAAGUUGGUCAACUACUACUCCUGCAGCUACUGGAAAGGUCGCGUGCCCCGGCAGGGCUGGCUCUACCUGACCGUCAACCACCUGUGCUUCUACUCGUUCCUGCUGGGGAAGGAAGUGAGCCUGGUGGUGCAAUGGGUAGACGUCACAAGGCUGGAGAAGAAUGCCACACUGCUCUUCCCCGAGAGCAUCCGUGUGGACACCCGGGACCAGGAGCUCUUCUUUUCCAUGUUCCUGAACAUCGGUGAGACCUUCAAGCUCAUGGAGCAGCUGGCCAACCUGGCCAUGCGGCAGCUGCUGGACAGUGAGGGCUUCCUGGAGGACAAGGCACUGCCCCGGCCUUCCCGGCCACACAGGAACAUCUCGGCUCUGAAGCGAGACCUGGAUGCCCGAGCCAAGAACGAGUGCUACCGGGCCACGUUCCGGCUGCCCAGGGAUGAGCGCCUGGAUGGCCACACAGGCUGUACGCUGUGGACCCCGUUCAACAAACUGCACAUCCCUGGCCAGAUGUUCAUCUCCAGCAACUACAUCUGCUUUGCCAGCAAAGAGGAGGACGCAUGCCACCUCAUCAUACCCCUCCGGGAGGUGACUAUUGUUGAAAAAGCUGACAGCUCCAGUGUCCUGCCCAGUCCUCUGUCCAUUAGCACCAAGAGCAAAAUGACCUUCUUGUUCGCCAACCUGAAAGACCGUGAUUUUUUAGUUCAGAGGAUCUCUGACUUCCUCCAGAAGAUGCCAUCCAAGCAGCCGGGCGGCAGUGGAGUGGGAAGAAAAGCCAGCACCAUGGAGCCGGCCCCAGAGCCUUGCCCAGCUCCUACAGAGGCGUCAGAUCAGCUCACCAGCCCCUCCACACCCCUUGGUGGCCGCCAAAGCUCCAGCGUGCAGGAUGCACCGACCUCUUCCCAGGGUCUGCUCAAACUCUUCCAGAGAAAUUCGCCCAUGGAGGACCUGGGGGCCAAGGGGGCUAAGGAGAAGAUGAAAGAGGAGUCGUGGAACAUUCACUUCUUUGAGUAUGGGCGCGGUAUGUGCAUGUACCGCACGGCCAGAACGCGGGAGCUAGUGCUGAAAGGCAUCCCCGAGAGCCUCCGGGGAGAGCUGUGGCUCCUCUUCUCUGGGGCCUGGAAUGAGAUGGUGACUCACCCUGGCUACUACGAGGAGCUGGUGGAGAAGUCCACAGGGAAGUACAGCCUGGCCACAGAGGAGAUUGAGCGAGAUCUCCACCGCUCCAUGCCUGAGCACCCCGCCUUCCAGAACGAGCUCGGGAUCGCUGCUCUCCGGCGGGUGCUGACUGCCUACGCUUUCCGAAACCCCACCAUCGGCUACUGUCAGGCCAUGAACAUCGUCACCUCAGUGCUCCUGCUCUAUGGCAGCGAGGAGGAGGCCUUCUGGCUGCUGGUGGCCCUCUGUGAGCGCAUGCUGCCCGACUACUACAACACCAGAGUGGUGGGGGCCCUGGUGGAUCAAGGCAUCUUUGAAGAGCUGACGAGAGACUUCCUGCCCCAGCUCUCCGAGAAGAUGCAGGACCUGGGGGUGAUUUCCAGCAUCUCACUCUCCUGGUUCCUGACCCUCUUCCUCAGCGUCAUGCCCUUCGAGAGCGCAGUGGUCAUUGUUGAUUGCUUCUUCUACGAGGGCAUCAAGGUGAUCCUGCAGGUGGCCUUGGCCAUCCUGGAUGCCAACAUGGAGCAGCUACUGGGCUGCAGCGACGAGGGCGAGGCCAUGACCGUCCUGGGCAGAUACCUGGAUAAUGUGGUUAAUAAGCAGAGUGUUUCUCCUCCUAUCCCACACCUCCACGCCCUGCUGACUAGUGGAGAUGACCCUCCCACAGAGGUGGACAUCUUCGACCUCCUGAAGGUGUCAUAUGAGAAAUUCAGCAGCCUGAGGGCCGACGACAUUGAACAGAUGCGGUUUAAGCAGAGGCUGAAAGUGAUCCAGUCCCUGGAGGAUACGGCCAAGAGGAGCGUGGUCCGAGCUAUACCUGGGGACAUUGGUUUCUCAAUUGAAGAGCUGGAGGACCUUUACAUGGUGUUUAAGGCCAAGCACCUGGCAAGUCAGUACUGGGGGAGCAGCCGCCCCACGGCUGUGCGUCGGGACCCCAGCCUGCCGUACCUGGAACAGUACCGUAUCGAUGCAGGCCAGUUCCGGGAACUCUUCGCCAGCCUGACACCCUGGGCCUGCGGCUCCCACACGCCUGUACUGGCGGGGCGCAUGUUCCGGCUCCUGGAUGAAAACAAGGACUCUCUGAUCAACUUCAAGGAGUUUGUGACAGGAAUGAGUGGGAUGUACCAUGGGGACAUGACCGAGAAGCUCAAGGCACUCUACAAGCUGCACCUGCCCCCAGCCCUGAGCCCAGAGGAGGCAGAGUCAGCCCUGGAAGCGACCCAUUACUUCACAGAGGACAGCUCCUCAGAAGAAGCACUACGGCAGGAAGAGCAAGAGGGAGGUGGAAAUGAGGACGUCCAAGACAAAAAAGGAGAAGAGAAGGGGAUCAGUCCUCCAGACUAUCGCCACUACCUUCGCAUGUGGGCCAAAGAGAAGGAGGUUCAGAAGGAGACGAUUAAGGAUCUUCCCAAGAUGAACCAGGAACAGUUCAUUGAGCUGUGCAAGACGCUUUAUAACAUGUUCAGUGAGGACCCCAUGGAGCAGGACUUGUACCAUGCCAUUGCCACGGUGGCGAGCCUCCUCCUCCGCAUCGGCGAGGUGGGGAAGAAGUUUUCUGUGCAGCCGGGCAGGAAGCCCCAGGACAGUGCACCCGAGGAGGAUGAGCUGCCCACCCCAGGCCCCCCGCAGGACCUGGCCCCAGAGCUUCAGCCUCCAGCUGCGGGUGACCCCCAGGCCAAAGCUGGGGGAGACACCCACCUUGGGAAAGCUUCCCAGGAGAGCCAAGUGGUGGGCGAAGGGGGCGGCGGCGAGGGGAGGGGCUCCCCCCCCCAGCUUCUGUCCGACGACGAAACCAAAGACGACAUGUCCAUGUCCUCCUACUCGGUGGUCAGCACAGGCUCCCUGCAGUGUGAGGACCUGGCCGACGACACGGUGCUGGUAGGCGGGGAGGCCCGAAGCCCCCCAGCCAUUGCCCGCUGUGGGGGCACCGUGGACACCGACUGGUGCAUUUCCUUCGAGCAGAUCUUAGCCUCCAUCCUGACGGAGUCUGUUCUGGUGAACUUCUUUGAGAAGAGGGUGGACAUUGGACUCAAGAUCAAGGACCAAAAGAAGGUGGAGAGACAGUUCAGCACCUCCAGUGACCUCGAACAGUCUGGACUUUCAGGCUGACGGGGACCUGGCUUGUCUCUCCUCCCCUCCUCCUCCUCCCUCCUGUUCUCUUUUCUCCUUAAGGACACACCCCUCCUGUUCUCCCCAGAUGCAGUGAGUUGUAAUCAAGGGGAAAACAAGGCUGAACAGCCACAGUUGGGCCCAGACAGAGGCUCCCAGCCCCUUCUUCCUGCCUGCCUGGUGGGACCCACCUUGGUCCCCAUGUAGUGUCAGAGGCUGUCCGUCCUGGCCUGCUCACCCAGAGCCUCUGUGCCCCAUGCUGUGGCCAGGCCACACCAUGCCCUCCACCCCUGGGGAGGGUGGGGGUUCCCAAAGCUGUGUAUUCGGUGGGGGGGGGGGGGGGGGGCUUUCCUGCCAUUUGGCACCAGGCAGGAGGUCACAUGUCUAUUGGGCAUCAAAGUGGUGGGAACUUCAAGGUACUCUCUAGGAGCUCCUGAGCCCGAGCCCCUGCUGAGGGACCCAGACAGAAAGUGUCUACCACACCAGGGCGAGUGCUGCACCGGCGUCACUCCGAAUGCUCUUUUAGCACGUCAGCCUCACCAUUAACCUUAAAAGCACAUCCCUCAGGUCCUGAUAUAUUUCCUUGUAUUCAUUUCAGUUGGCUGGAAAUCACACUGUGCUCAAUGCCUUAAUAAAUCCCUGAAAGAACUCAAUACCAUACUGUGUACAGAGCCUUCAUGUAGCCUCAGCUACUGCUUGGGCUCCUGGCUUCUCAGGCAGGUGAGGGGCCAGGCCGUGUUCCAGAGGCUCUGGGCACUUAGACCCCCACAGGGAUAGGGGUUCAAGGCUCCCAGGGAGAUUGGGGACACAGAAGGUGUCUGACCUGGGCCAACAGGGUAAGCCCCGAGCUUCGUAGGUAUAAGCAGCCUGAGUCCUGUGGGUGUAGGUGUGUGCACAGGCCUGGGCUGCAGCAAGCACUUGGGUUCAGGAAACUGUUGUGGGGCCACAGGUGACAGGCUGAGCCAUGAGCAUCUCCUAGCUUUGCAGCAAGAGCUGAUCAUCAGUGUCUAGCGUCUGCCCUCCCCUACACGGAACAGCUCUCCGUGGUUGUUUUGGUUUUUUGUAAUAGUUUUAUUGAGGCAUAAUUUGCAUACCAUAAAAUUCACUUGUUUUCAAGUUCUAGUUCGAUGAUUUUUAGUAAAUUUACAGAGUUGUGAACUAUCAUCACAAUGCAAUUUUAGAAUAUUUCCAUCAGCCCAAAAAGACCCCUCCUACCCACGUGCAGCCAAUCCCUGUUCCCACCCCCAGCUCCAAGCAACCACUAAUCUACUUCCUAUCUAUAGCUUUUAUGGCUGGUAUUUUAAAUAACAGUCUCUGUGAUUUUACCUUGUUCACAGCUGCCGGGUCACACAUCUCAAUAAAUGCAGCAAAACAUCAAGGAAAAUGAA